AUGGGGCUACCGAAGGCGCUUUCAUGGCUCGACGCGCCACGAUCGUUUGCGCGACUGGACGGUGAUGCGCCGCCUGUCACCUCGUCGUCGCUCCGCCGCGAGUGCCUGGAGGCGGCGUUUGCCUCCUUUGACCUUGUCGAAUUCGGGGCCGGCUCGGUCGUCCAGUCGACAAUCUCGGCCGGCGCACUCGGCAACUACACGCACAUCACGCUGAUGUGUGGCAUCGCCGUCAUGUUUGGCAUCAACGUCGCCGGUAUCAACGUCGCCGGUGGCCGCAGCCGAGGCCACUUGAACCCGGCGUUUACCAUUGUCCAGCUCGUGGGCGCGAUUCUUGGCGCUCUCCAAGCCUUUGACCCGCACCAGUCGCUCGAGACGUCGGGUCGCCUCUUUGCUUCGUACCCGGCCGCGACCGAAACACUCGCGUCUGCCUUUUUCGGCGAGGUCGAUCUGCGCACGGCGUACGUCCGGGAGGAGUACGUUCCACCGGCGGCCCGCGCACGAGACCGACCGCGCAGCGCUGGCCCCGGGGGGGACCCGUCCCCGACCAAAGGCCCCGAGCCGCGACCGACGUCGGCCCACCCGCGCCUUCACGACAAGCACAUCGAGUCGGGGUACAUCGUCACCAAGGCCGAUUUGCGCCGGAAGCGGGCGCCCGACGACGUGAGCGACCGUGUUCGUCAAAUCUACGCCGACGUUGGCCGCGUCGCACGCAAGCCAGUCGCCAAGCGCGACGACGGAGGUCUCCACGAAGCCAUCCUUGCGCUCAAGUACGAGCUCCGGCAAGAGCAAGACCGCCGGCUCAAGGUCGCGGCCCGCAACCGACGUCUUGAAGAGGUGAUUGCAAUGAAGGACAAGAAGCUCGAAGACGCCUUGUCGCUGCGGUCGACGCAUGGACCGCAUCAGAUGCAGCGCGAGAUGGCAGCAAAAGAGCGCACGCACCACCACUUGCUCGGGAAACUGCGCGAAAAACUGCAGCAGGCAACGACGACGAUCGCAGCGUACGAAGACACACUCAACUCACUCCGUUCGAGCGUCAAGCACACGCACGUGAUGGAGUUGAACGAGCGCCUCGCGCAGUAUGAGAUGGAGCUCGACCUCGCCACGUCGCGCUUGGAAGCCCAAGACAAAACGCUCGACCACUACCGCAAGCAGAUGGAAGACCGGUCCGAGACGGCCGCGCAAAAGACCAUCAAGCGUCUCCGGACCGUCGUGCUGAGCCUCAACGACGAGAAGAAGCGCCUCGAGCACGAGAACCGCGUGCUCAAAGAGUGCUUGGCGACCGAGCGCACGCAGCGCCGGUCGCCCAAGAAACCAAAGCCGCCGCCCAAAGCCAUCGUGGCAGACGUGCCGACGUCGCCCUCGAAAGAGCGCUCGAACAGUCAAUCGCUUCGCCGUGAAAUUGACGGCAAACUCGCCGCCAAGCGGCCACCGAGCGCCGGUGCGGGGCGCCGGCUCGUGGCUACGAUGGCCGGUGGCGCUGUCGUACAAGAAAACCUGACUUCCGUCCUCGCCCGCAAUCGGUGCCAGCAACGGCACCGGUAGUUGCGCCAGCCACUGUCGUGACACAACCAAAGACGCCGCCAAAAACAACCGACGACGACGAUGACGCGCUCAUGGGCGGGACGGUCAACGAGAGAGUCUUCUUGGACGGAGACGCAAGUGAUGGCAUCGAAUGCACACCCUCUACGAUGGCGCCACCGAUGCUCUUGUCCGAGACGGUAUCAAAUACUACGUCUGCAGCAACCGUCGCACCCGAGACGAUCGAAGUUGUCGGCCAUCCUGCGGCUCAAACGCCGACACUGGACACCAAGCCGACGUUGAGUCCAGCCAAACCAUCGCUUACCGAAGCAGAGGACUCACCCAACCGUACCGCAGCCGCCAGCCAAAGGCCUCGAAUGGAUCCGGUAACUGCCUCGGACGAGCCGCUUCCGCCUCUGCCCGC